AUGUCCUUCUUAGAGCUUGAGGGUCUACAUGUGUUUGUUACAGGUGCGGCGGGGGGUAUAGGGAGCGCGAUUGUGAACGAGUUCUUAGCACAAGGGUGUAAAGUCACCGCUCAUGAUCUUCGACCAAACCCUCUGGUAUCGACAAACCCCAGUCUCCACUGCAUACAAGGGGACAUCAGCUCCGAAGACUCCAUCCAAGACUCCAUCGCCCAGGCCACCGCACACUUCUCACAGCCCAUUAACAUCCUUUGCGCUAAUGCUGGUAUCACGGACGAAUCCUCUAGCUAUCCCAUCUGGGACAUGCCCAGCUCCCUCUGGGACCGUACAUAUGCCGUCAACGUUCGUGGCACCUUCUUAACUAUCAAGCACUUUCUCAAGUCUAUCGAAACUGCUCAGUUGGCGACUGGCGAAGAGGUCAAGAAUGUGAGUGUUGUGGUUACGGGGUCUGAGUGUGGAGUUUUUGGACAAGCAGGACACGUAGAGUAUGCGAGUGGGAAGGCGGGCCUACAGUAUGGGCUCGUGAAGACGGUGAAGAAUGAGAUUGUCAGAUUGAACAGAAAAGCGAGGAUUAACGCUGUGGCACCUGGAUGGGUAAAUACAAAGUUGAUUGAGGGGAGACUGGAUGAUCCUGGGGAAAUGUGGAGGGAAGCUGAAGCUACAGUUCCAUUACGAAAAAUUGCGCAGCCGACAGAUGUCGCAAGAGUAGCGGCAUUUCUAGCAAGUCAUCGAGCCGCAGGCCAUAUCUCAGGACAGUGCAUCUCCGUCGAUGGCGGCAUGGAAGGCCGGAUUGUUUGGUCUGAAGACGAAGUUCGAAAGACACAGAACACAGCUUUAGAACCCGAAAAACCGACCACAAACCCCACUGGCGAAAUCUUCGGCACCGCGACAGAAGGAGUUUCCUUAGCGAGCAGAAACCCUUCCACUGUGGCCAUACCCACCAUCACCUCCCUCAGCGCUCCUCCACCCGUGUCAAAACCCAAGCCCAAGAUCAAGAUCCUCCUAUCGGUCGACUUCGACGCCGUGUCCGGCUGGCUAGGUACCAGCCAACACCCUGACAACAACCUCGCAGACUACAGUUCCGGCUUUUUCAGCGCCUACGUCGGCGUACCGCGACUUCUCAAGCUCUUUGCCAAACACCACAUCGCCGACAAAGUAACCUGGUUCGUUCCUAUGCACAGCGCCGAAUCCUUCCCCAAAGAGUUUACCGCCAUCAAAGAAAGCGGCGCAGAAAUCGGCCUCCAUGGCUACUGCCACGAAGGCGCUCCCCAACUUACUCUGGUGCAGGAACGCGACGUCCUCGAACACUGCAUUAGUCUGUACCAAGAGCUACUCGGAAAGCGGCCGCUAGGUUAUCGUGCGCCGCUGUAUCAGCUUAGAGAAAGUACGGUGGAGUUGCUGGAAGAAUACUCGUUCUUGUACGAUUCUAGUCUCGCGCAUCACGAUAGCAAACCGUACUUCUUGCCCAACCUACCUCCCAUCGACGUACCCACAUACACCGACACUACCCCUGCAAAAAACUGGAUGAGGCCACUACCUCAGCCUAACCCAUCCACCUCCAAAACACUGGUCGAGAUCCCAGCGAAUUGGUACACGGAGGAUAUGACACCCCUGCAGUUUUGGCCAAAUACACCCAAUUCCCAGGGCUAUGUUGAUGUGCGCGUUGUGGAGAAUAUGUGGAGGGAUAAACUUGAGUGGGUGAGGAAUGAGAUGGAAGAUGAAGGGUUGGCCGAGGGCGAGAUGUGUGUUUUUCCGCUGGUGUUGCAUCCCGAUACUAGUGGUAUGGCUCAUGUGAUAGGGAUGGUGGAGAGAGUAAUUAGGUGGUUAAAGGAGUUGGAGGAAGAGGGCAUUGUGGAGUGGUGUCAGUAUGCGGAUGUGGCGGGGGAGUGGAGGGAGAGGAAUGCACAAGAGGCAGUGUAG